AAAAACUACAGUCAUUUGAUUCGCACCAUCAAAAUCCUCAAAAUUUUGUAUAAUUUUCAAAUUGCUUUUGCCGUAAUAAAAAUCACCUGUUUCGUUUUGUAUUUGAGAAGUUUGCAGCUCUCAACACCUCUGGCUAGCAGCAGUUGCUGACCUGCUUUACAUUCAUCUAGCACCUGCAAAAUUCAUUAGCACCAACACUGAUCGUAUCUAUACUAAGUCUGACAUCGAUCUUCACUUCUCUCUGAAUAAACAAACAGAAAAUAGAACAUGAAGAUGAAAUCCAUGACAACAACGGUCCUGGGUGCCUUCACCCUUUUAGCAUACGACAUUGCUCUCCCCGUGGCUGGUGUGCGUGCAUCUUGGGGUCGGGCGAGGACAACUUCUGCCACUGACGGGCAACACCAACCCCGCCAGGGGUCGCAGAACUCAGGCGCUUUGAGUGCGAAGCCAGUUGACGAUGAAGAGCCUACCGCUGAUGCCCUUAUGCGCGGCGCGUCGACCUCGAAGCCAGUUGACGAUGAUGAAGAUGAACCUCAACCUACCGAUGGUGUCCUUACGCAGGGUGAAGACUCCAACAUGCAUUUGCCUCCGCCCGCGGUCCCGUUUCUAAAGACGACGGAUCAGCUUCGUCCUCGCGACGGAAACGGCGAGGAGCGCUCGUGUACGGCGCUGUCGUGGUUUGCAGAGCUUCUCGGGUCCUGUGGGGGACGUGGGAAACGUGAGACCUUCGACAUGACCGCGGAAGACGAGCGCAAAGAGGAAGAAAACCACAAAACGGAGGCUCUGCGCGAGCUGGCGGAAGAAAUUUACGGGCGAAACUACCUGCCCGAAAACGUGGAGGAACUCCGUCAAAGGCUCCGCGCGCUCGCUUCUGCACCGAGUCCAUCCUACUUCUAUAACUUGGAUGAAGAGGAGAAAGAAGACGCGGAUCAUGCAAAUAAAGCGGCCCCCGAUGAUAGGAAAUGCGAUGACGAGUUCUUCCCGGCGGAGAUGGCAACUCUACCAUCACAGGUCGUGCAGGGCCGCACGAUAUUCAAAACAGAUGCAUCAGAACAACAAGGGCGGAGGACUGACAACCUCGGCAAGAUGAUUGAUGUCCUGCGCAAUGAGCACUCGGUAGAAGACUCCACCCCCGCGACUGGUAGUGGCGCAAGCAGCACUGCCUCCGACGAUCCAGUGAGUUCUCGGCCGAACACGCCGGCGAGCUUUCUUCACGCUUUGGAUCGCUGAGUGACCCCCGGCGGAACGCGCCCAGCUUUCUGCAGGGUGCGGUGGAUCUCGACUCGAGAAGUAGGACGAUAGAAUUCUACCUUUCUUGCAGUAGAACUAGCUUUGCUGCGCCGGAGUCAGGGAGGUGAUGGGUACUUUCUCUAUAUGAAGAGGGCGAAUUUUUAUUAACAUUCACAAAGAUAAACUUAAACAUAAAGUCUUUUUGUAGUUAUCGAACAGCAUCUUAUCUGCGACUGAUAUGUGGAUGUCCUAAGUUCAGAGUGGUUUAUGCCUUUAGUGACAUUUGCAUAAACAUGAUGUGUCGCUUCCGUGCUUUUUCAGUUCCUGUACGAUGUUUCUGCACGAUCGAAUUUUAUAGAACUAAAAAAUUAAGAUUAACAUUAAGCGGUCUGGUCGCAAACCGGCACCUUCGAUGUUGUGCGUCGCGCUCACGUACGGGCAACGAGGCAUAUAUCGCCUGCCUGAAGCUUUUAAACAAGCGUAACCACAGACAUAGUCUUCCUAUUGCAGUUUGUAGAAUUAUGUUGCACCAGUUUUUCUUGACGAUGACGUACGUGUAGAAUAAAUUGUCGCCAGGAGGGUGGUGUCUACAACUUUUUGUUCUAGUUUGUAUGUACGAUGUUGAAAAUUGAAAUUUAUGACUCGAGGAAGUGCUGCUAAUUAUCACCAUACUUCUGUGCUAGUGCUUGAUGUGCGCGGAGUACGCCUGCACACGACGAUCAUCUGGC